UCUAUGCAAAGAUAAUCAUUAAUGUGUUGGAUUUUUUUUAAUGAAAGUAACGUAAGAAUUCACUCUUCAUCACUGUGCAAUAAUAUAGGCGUAUUCGUUUAUGCAAAUUCAAGAACUAGCUGUUGUAAGGCAGAUUCAGCCUUUAUGUAAAUCACUGUAACGCUAUUAUGUUCAAAGUGUGGGUUAAAAGUAAACAUUCAUUCAUUUAAACGAUAAUUUAUAUAACCACAUAUAAGACGUUUAUAUAAGACAUAACAACAUUUAUAUAAGACAAAAAUGCAAAACAUUGGCACAAAAUGCAAUAAUUAGCUGGCAAACUGACCAACACGAAGGGUCGUUUCAGGAAACGUUUCACAUAAAAAUACAUUUUUUACAUUGAUUUCUGUCUGAAAUAUUUGACUAGGUAAACUGUAUGAAUUCAUUUUAAACGAUCUCCUUUAAAAUGAAAAUGUGAGAACAAUAAACGCGCACUUCCGUCACAGUACACUGUAACCUCGACAACUUCCUUUGAUACAAAACAAAAUGGCAGCCUCCUUACAACGCAUUGGAAUAGUUAUCUGCCGCACAUUUCCUGUCAUUUUACAACGAAAUAUUCAAGCACAGAGAAUCCGUGAUUGGAAAAUAAGUGCUCCAGUGCUGCAUCUGAAUUUUCGUGCUUUAUCAUCACCAUCAUCUUCAUCAUCUGCUGAUGACACGGAUUCAGCUGAGGUACUGUCUAGAUAUUCAGACAGACCAUGGGAAUACUUAGAAAGUGAAGAGUACAUUGAGCGCUAUGGAUCAAAGCCUGUUUGGUCUAACUACAGAAGGAAUCAUAAAGGGGGCGUCCCUCCUCAAAAGACAAGAAAGACCUGUAUUAGAGGUGACAAGAUAUGCGGCAACCCUUGUCCCAUCUGUCGUGAUCCAAACAUCAUUGUCCAUUACAAGAAUGUGAACCUGUUGCAGCAGUUCAUUAGUCCUCAAACAGGAAUUGUGCAUGAUCCCACUCGAACCGGUGUUUGUAUGAAACAACAGAAACUACUUAACAAGGCCAUUGAAACUGCUAGAGAUUGUGGUUUACUUUCUGUCCAGUUACCUCAUGUUGAUUACUCUAAAGAGGACUACUCAAACACUCAUGGUGCUGUAGCACCAACUCCUGCCCCAUUUUCUCUCAGCUCUGGAGAACUGUGGUAUCCGUGGUAUGGAAGUAUAAAACCAGAUGAGCGAGAACUGGCAAGAGUGAAGCGGAUCUACAAAGACUACCUGAAACCAGAUGUUUGAAUCUUGAUGUAAAAGACCUUUACACAUUAAGAGCAGAUGCUGUGUAUUUUACAUGAGAAUGAGGCAGUUAGGGAUAGACUUACAGUCUUUACAAUGGCAGGUCCUAAAUCACAUGUAAUUUUUAAAACUAAUUUAUGGCGU